UUUACCUCUGCUCCGGCCUUGCCCUCUUUCUUCGGGCCCGAGGACGGCCCGAGUGCUUCCCCGCUGCGUGAGGACGGCUGCGGUGCCCCUGCGUGCGUCUCCCGGUUCCCGGAGCCCCCGGCCGCUUUCCCCGCCAUGAAUGAGGAGUACGACGUGAUCGUGCUGGGCACCGGCCUGACGGAAUGUAUCCUGUCAGGUAUAAUGUCAGUGAAUGGAAAGAAGGUUCUCCACAUGGAUCAGAACCCGUAUUAUGGAGGCGAAAGUGCAUCUAUCACGCCACUGGAAGAUUUAUACAAAAGAUUUAAAUUACCAGGAGUACCACCAGCAUCAAUGGGGAGAGGAAGAGACUGGAAUGUUGACUUAAUUCCCAAGUUCCUUAUGGCUAAUGGUCAGCUGGUUAAGAUGCUACUUUAUACAGAGGUCACUCGCUAUAUGGAUUUCAAAGUGAUCGAAGGGAGCUUUGUUUAUAAGGGAGGGAAAAUCUACAAGGUUCCUUCCACUGAGGCAGAAGCCCUGGCAUCCAGCUUAAUGGGACUAUUUGAGAAACGUCGCUUCAGGAAAUUUCUAGUCUAUGUUGCCAAUUUUGAUGAAAAAGAUCCUAGAACUUUUGAGGGCAUUGAUCCUAAGAAGACCUCAAUGCGAGAUGUGUAUAAAAAAUUUGAUCUGGGCCAAGACGUCAUAGAUUUUACUGGUCAUUCUCUUGCACUUUACAGAACGGAUGACUACUUAGAUCAGCCAUGUUGCGAAACCAUUAAUAGGAUUAAACUGUACAGUGAGUCUUUGGCAAGAUAUGGCAAAAGCCCAUACCUCUAUCCACUCUAUGGCCUUGGAGAACUGCCUCAAGGAUUUGCAAGGUUAAGUGCUAUUUAUGGAGGCACCUACAUGCUGAAUAAGCCAAUUGAAGAAAUCAUUGUGCAGAAUGGAAAAGUAGUUGGUGUAAAAUCGGAAGGAGAGAUUGCUCGCUGUAAGCAACUCAUCUGUGACCCCAGCUAUGUAAAAGAUCGGGUGGAAAAAGUGGGCCAGGUUAUCAGAGUUAUCUGCGUUCUUAGCCAUCCCAUCAAGAACACCAAUGAUGCCAACUCUUGCCAGAUUAUUAUUCCACAGAACCAAGUCAAUCGAAAAUCUGAUAUCUAUGUUUGCAUGAUCUCCUCUGCACACAAUGUGGCGGCACAGGGCAAGUACAUUGCCAUCGUUAGUACAACCGUGGAAACCAAGGAACCCGAGAAAGAAAUCCGACCAGCUUUGGAGCUUUUGGAACCAAUUGAACAGAAAUUUGUUAGCAUCAGUGACCUCUUCGUACCAAAGGAUUUGGGAACAGACAGCCAGAUCUUUAUUUCCCGUGCCUAUGAUGCUACAACUCACUUUGAGACAACUUGUGAUGACAUAAAAGACAUCUAUAAGAGGAUGACAGGAUCUGAGUUUGACUUUGAGGAAAUGAAGCGCAAGAAAAAUGACAUCUACGGGGAAGACUAGCAGCAGUACCUGUUAUUAUCCAAUUAGGACAAAUUUAAAAAUUGGCAAGUAGUGCAUAUUGUAUGAAAUCAAUAUUGUAAGGCCUGGUUUGUAAUCAAAAUGAAAAGAUUGAGAGUGCCGUAACCAGUAAGCGCUCCUCCCCUUCAUCUUUCUAAUAUCAUGUAUUAACUUGUUUUCAUGGAGUGGCUAUUCAGAAACUGGCUGUUUACCACAUUCUGUUCUAUUUAACCAACCAGACUGGCUUUUUUGUAGUGAAGGAGCAGUUUUCAACAGACUUUGUGAUAUUGACAAGAGAACUUGAUACAGUAUUUGUAUCUUUUAAUCAGUGUAGCCUUUGCAGUGUGUCUUCCACUGCUCACAAGCUGGAUCCAUGCAAUUUGUGUGCCAUCUUGACAUUGAAUCUCAAAUCUUCUGGAUUGGGACAGCAUUUCUAAGUUUUGCCCAUUAUAUUUUGUGUUACGUCAAGUAUUACAGCAGGGCCCAAAUAGGAUAGCCACAGUUUGGUUUGUGGGCAUAAGUUUCUAACCAAACUCGACUUGCGGAGUGGUUUGGAGGAAGCCAGUAUGUGGUGUUUUAACCUAGUGAAGGUGAGAGAGGGGAGAUGAACACAUCUUAAAGCAGGUAAAGUGUCGAAGCAUCUUUUGUAUCCCAGGUGUGGCUUCUUCAGUGGACCAAGCUGCAAUGCAGUAUUGAUUUGACAGAGCCUCUACUUCAGUGAUGUCUGUCUCAAAAUGGCUCCAAAUGAUUUCUGUACUGCAAAAUAAAGCCAAACUCUGGAAACC